UGUGCCAAAAGAACACCCAACACCAGUCAGGUGGUGGCCCACUCAGCCACUGGAGCGCAAACAGCGCGCUGAUAACCGGACUACAAGUAGCAGCAGAAGAAAAGGCCUGCAGACACUGGACCUACAUGGUGUACGAUUGCAUGCUUGGUAUCAAGUCAUUCUGAGCUUCAUCUUAGAUGCUGUUCUCAAAGGUGUCAUCUUCAGGCUGCUGGCUCCUCGUGCAUAUUCAUGAGCUUCACCUAAAUAUCUUCAGCAUCUCUGUUGUACAUCUUGUAAUAUCUGAAAGAACUUCAUGAGACAAAUCUCAUUGUUUCUAUGUCUGGAUGUAGUUCAGCUCUCCGGCUGUCAGGCUUCCCUACAGCUGUUCUAAACACUCAAUCAUGUCAUUAACAUUUGGUUCCUGAAGCCCGAGGCCCGUCUCAGCUGCAGAGAGAUGCUCGGUCGGGUCCAGGUCAGACCGGAUGAGCCGGAUGCUCAGUUUAGGAACCAACAGAACAUGUCUGCUAAAAGCUUCUUCUCCUUCUUUUUAUUCUUUUUUUUUGUGAUCACAGCGACCUCAUAAUUAGGGAGCCACAUGCAGCAGCGCCUGAAUAAUUUACUGCUAUGAAUCAUCAGGUAGCAGCAACUUUAGACUGCCGUGUGGCUUUCAGGCUGCCUCCGUGUGUAACUGAGAGGAUGAGCGGCUCUGUGGAUGCCGUCUGAAGAUGUGGAGACUCUGAGAGCCACCGAGUCCAAACCUCCACCAGAAAGUUUCAUUCAGACAUCUUAGAUGUAGCCUGACCAAAGGUUCAUUCUGAAGCAGGAAACAUUUCAGACCUGAGGAUCAUUCUGAAGCUUAAAACAUCCAACAUAAGAGUUCAAGAUUUUCAUGAGGAUGUUCUGAUGUGUUUCUGAUUCCAUAACAUCCAAUCACAGAUUCAUUUCUCCAACUCAGGAGCUUGAACUUCUUCAGAGCUGGAGUCCACAUUUCACCUUCAGGGUUAUCUGGUCAGUUAGCUCCAGUAUUAGCUAGGUUGGUAAAGCUGUUUGGGUUUGGUUCUGCUGAAUGUCUUACAGAUGUGUCAGAAAAAGCUUCAGUUUGUUGGCAUUUGUGAGAAUCAGCUUCAACGUUCCAGCAGAGGAAUAUUGGGUGUUGUGGUGGAGAAGCAGCCGCCUCCUCCCUGGACUCUGAUCACAGUGACGUCUGUCAGCAGUCACAAGUUAUACUUACCAGUGUCCAGUUCAACACUCAUGCAGUAUUCAUGCCGGUAUCGCUUCCCUCCAGCCCAACGGCACACUUGGCCAAACCCGAGUCUUUUUGGCUCCAUCUGGCUUUGAACCUCGUUCUGGACUAAGUUAGAGAAAUGCUCCUGCUGGGAUUCCUUUAGGAGAACGAGAAGCUCCGGGACGGCGGCGUUUGGAGGAAACCUGCAGAGAUUUGGACCAGAACAAACUCUAGAUUUGCAUGAUCAACCAGUGGAUGGUUCUGGAUCAUGAAGCGCAGUAAGAACCGCAGACACAAGGAGGACAAGAACGGAGAUGAACCUGCCAUUUUGGAGACUGAGAACCUGGACAAUAACGGCAUGUUCCAUGGAGGACCGGACCCUGACACCAUCUCCCUGGCCUCAGUCACAGCCGUCACAACCAACGUGUCCAACAAGAGGCAAGAACGAGCCGCUUUCAGUGUAGGAUUCCCAUUGGCCAGUUCCCUGAGAAUGCAUUUCCUGUUUCUGGAUGCUCAUUAUUCAGGUCCAAACCCGACAUCAAGAUGGAGCCCAGUUCUGGGAGACCAGUGGACUACCAAGUCAGUGUGACAGUGAUUGAAGCCAGACAGCUGGUGGGACUCAACAUGGAUCCCAUGGUCUGUGUGGAGAUUGGAGAGGAGAAGAAGUACACCUCCAUGAAGGAAUCGACCAACUGCCCUUACUACAACGAGUAUUUCGUGUUCGACUUCCACGUUCCUCCUUAUGUCAUGUUUGAUAAAAUCCUGAAAGUGUCUGUAAUUCACUCCAAAAAUCUUCUUCGGAGCGGAACUCUGGUGGGAACGUUUAAACUGGACGUAGGAACCAUCUACUCUCAGCCAGAACAUCAGUUUUACCAUAAGUGGGCGCUCCUGUCCGACCCUGAUGACAUCACAGCCGGGGGCAAAGGCUAUGUAAAGUGUGACAUUGCAGUUGUGGCUAAAGGGGACACCAUCAAAACUCCACACAAGGCGAAUGAAUCGGAUGAGGAUGACAUUGAUGGCAACCUGUUGCUACCAGAAGGGGUCCCUGCCGAGCGACAGUGGGCUCGGUAUUACCUGAAGAUCUACAGAGCAGAAGGACUUCCUCGAAUGAACACCAGCAUCAUGGCCAACGUCAAAAAAGCCUUUAUUGGAGAAAACAAGGACUUGGUUGACCCUUAUGUCCAGGUCCAGUUUGCUGGGCAGAAGGGAAAGACGUCGGUCCAGAAGAGCUGCUACGAGCCCAUCUGGAACGAGCAGAUCGUCUUCACUGAGAUGUUCCCCCCACUGUGCAGACGCAUGAAGAUCCAGCUCCGAGACUCAGACAAAGUCAACGACGUUGCCAUAGGAACACACUUCUUGGACCUGAGGAACAUUUCUAACGAUGGAGAUAAAGGUUUUCUGCCCACGCUGGGCCCGGCGUGGGUGAACAUGUACGGCUCCACUCGCACCUACACCCUUCUGGACGAGUACCAGGAGCUGAAUGACGGGCUCGGGGAGGGCGUGUCCUUCCGGGCGCGCCUGCUUAUCAGUCUGGGGGUGGAGAUCUUGGACACAUCCUCUCCUGAAAUCAGCAGCUCCACCGAGGUCCAGGUGGAGGGGGUGCCCAACAUCUCAGAGAGCGCCACAGGAAAAGUGGACGAAUUUUUCCUCUUUGGUUCCUUCCUGGAGGCUACGAUGAUUGACAGGAAAAUCGGUGAUAAGCCGAUCAACUUUGAGGUCACCAUAGGUUACUAUGGAAACGAGAUUGAUGGAGCUCUCCAACCGAAAACGAAGGGGGAAAGGGGCAAAGAUAAGGGGGACGAGGAGGAGACGGAGCUGAUCCACAACUCCAGUGAGGAAGAGAUGGAUGACGAUGGAGACCUGACCUCAGUGGCAACCACCCCCCCCAUGAAGCCUGUCAUCACUGACCGGAACUACUUUCACCUGCCCUACUUUGAAAGGAAGCCCUGCAUCUACAUUAAAAGCUGGUGGCAGGAUCAGAAAAGGAGGCUGUACAAUUCUAACAUCAUUGACAACAUUGCUGAUAAACUGGAGGAUGGACUGAACGAUGUCCAUGAGAUCAUCAAAACGGAGAAGGCCUAUCCUGAGCGCAGGCUGCGAGGAGUUCUAGAGGAGCUCAGCCAGGGAUGCAGCCAGUUUCUGACACUAGCAAACAAAGACCAGAACCAGUCUGGAAGAACCAAACUGGACAAAGAGAGGCUGAAGCUGUGUCUGUCAGAAGUGGAAGCCAUAGGUGUGCAGGCCAAGGCCAUGAGGUCCCAGGUCAAGAAAAGCACCGUCAGAGACAAACUCAAACUUUCCCAGAACUUCCUUUCGAAGCUGCGCUUCCUGGCUGAUGAGCCACAGCACAGCGUUCCGGAUGUUUUCAUAUGGAUGAUAAGUAAUGGCAAGCGUAUUGCGUAUGCCCGGAUCCCAUCCAAAGACAUUCUGUACUCCAGCAUAGACGAGGAAAAGGGGAAGGACUGUGGAAAAGUCAAAACCAUUUUCCUAAGAAUCCCUGGAAAAAAAGGUUUUGGGCCUGCUGGAUGGACUGUACAGAGCAAGAUAGAGAUUUACCUGUGGCUGGGUCUGAACAGGCAGCGUAAAGACUACCUCAGUGGUCUGCCAAACGGCUUUGAGGAGAACAAGCUGUCUAAAGGGCCCGGCCUGCCGUCCACGCCUCCUAUCAGCCUGACCUAUAUGAUGAAGCAGAUCUUCCAGCUGAGGGUCCACAUGUACCAGGCUCGCAGCCUGUUUGCUGCUGACAGCACGGGUCUGUCUGACCCCUUUGCCCGAGUCUUCUUCUCCACUCAGAGCCAGGUCACCGAGGUGCUGGCAGAAACUCUCUGCCCAACUUGGGACCAGCUGCUGGUUUUUGAGAAUGUGGAGCUGUUUGGAGAGGCUGCCGAGCUGAGAGAUGACCCUCCCAUUAUUGUCAUAGAAAUCUAUGAUCAAGACACAGUGGGUAAGGCCGACUUUAUGGGGAGAACCUUUGCCAAGCCUGUGGUCAAGAUGGCUGAUGAGCACUAUGGUCCACCACGCUUCCCCCCCCAGCUGGAGUACUACCAGAUCUAUCGUGGGAACUGUGCAGCUGGAGAAAUGCUGGCAGCCUUUGAGCUGCUGCAGAUUGGCCCCAAUGGAAAAGCUGAUCUCCCCCCCAUCGAUGGUCCAACAGACAUGGAUCGUGGCCCAAUCCUUCCAGUGCCGCUUGGUAUCAGACCAGUCCUCAGCAAGUACAGGAUUGAGGUUUUGUUUUGGGGUCUGAGAGACUUGAAGAGGGUGAACCUUGCUCAGGUGGACCGGCCUCGAGUAGAUAUUGAAUGUGCCGGGAAAGGAGUUCAGUCCGCUCUCAUCCCCAACUUCAAGAAGAACCCCAACUUCAGCACCCUUGUCAAGUGGUUUGAAGUGGAUUUGCCUGAGAAUGAGUUACUUCACCCCCCGUUGAACAUUCGCGUGGUGGACUGCAGAGCUUUUGGACGAUAUACUUUGGUUGGUUCCAACGCUGUCAGUAGCCUCAGGAAGUUCAUCUACAGGGGACAGGACAAGCAGGCGAACAGCUGGUCAACCACAGAAGAAAUUAUCGUUGUCAGCAUGGAGCAAGAACCUGCCUUUAAGAAGAUGGAGACUGUCGUCAAACUGGACUCGUGCUCUGAAGCUGUUGUCAAAGUGGAGGAUGAUGACAAGGAUGAAAAGGGCAAAAAGAAGAAGAGGAAGAAGUUGGACGAACCUGAAGAGGAGGAACUGGAUGAGAGUAUGCUGGACUGGUGGUCCAAGUACUUUGCCUCCAUUGAAACGCUGACAGAGGCACUCAAGUCUCAGGAAGCGGCUCUGUCCGACUCGGAGGAUAAGGAAGACAUGGACUUAGCAGAUGGAGGAGACAUUAAACCCGAUGAUGGUCCUGUGAAAAGCAACAGGAAAGGAAAAACAAAGAAGGACAAGAAGAAAGCCGGCUUUGAUGCCUUUGGGAGAAAAAAGCCAAAGCUGGAUGAGUUAAAGGUUUAUCCCAAAGAAUUGGAAAGUGAGUUUGAUAACUUCGAGGACUGGCUGCACACUUUCUACCUGUUCAGAGGAAAAGCAGGUGAUGAUGACGACCAGACUGUGACGGAUGAAGACCGGAUUGUCGGGAAGUUCAAAGGCUCCCUGUGCAUGUACAAAGUGUCAGAUGACACGCCCAGAGACAUGAGUUUUGAUUCCAACAUGGGAAUGUUUCAAAACAUUCCCAACAAUGAUCCAGUAAACGUCCUGGUCCGCAUCUAUGUAGUCAGGGCGACCGAUCUGCAUCCAGCAGACAUAAACGGGAAAGCGGAUCCCUACAUUGCAAUCAGACUAGGAAAAACAGAGAUCAAGGAUAAGGAAAACUACAUUUCCAAACAGCUAAACCCUUUGUUUGGAAAGUCUUUUGAUGUGGAGGCCACCUUCCCGAUGGACUCUACACUGACGGUGUCCAUCUAUGACUGGGACCUGGUGGGAACUGAUGAUCUGAUUGGAGAAACCAAGAUCGACUUGGAGAACCGCUUCUACAGCAAACACAGAGCCACGUGUGGUGUUGGAAACAAGUACUCCAUUCAUGGCUACAAUGUGUGGCGGGACCCGAUGAAACCAACACAAAUCCUGGCUAAACUGUGCAAGGACGGGAAGCUGGACGGACCACACUACGGCCCUGGAGGAAGAGUCAAAGUGGAGAACCGGGUCUUCAUGGCGCCCACUGAGAUUGAGGAUGAAAACGGUUUGAAGAAGAAGACGGAUGAACAUCUCGCUCUGUGCGUUCUGACCCACUGGGAGGAAAUCCCACGAGUUGGCUGCAAACUUGUCCCUGAACACGUGGAGACUAGACCCCUGCUCCACCCUGACAAGCCAGGAAUCGAGCAAGGCAGAAUUGAGCUGUGGGUGGACAUGUUCCCCAAAGAAAUGACUGCACCUGGUCCCGCACUUGACAUUUCCCCAAGGAAACCCAAGAAGUUUGAGCUGAGGGUGAUCAUCUGGAACACAGACGAGGUCGUUCUUGAAGACGACGAUAUCUUCACAGGAGAAAAAUCAAGUGAUAUCUUCGUCCGAGGCUGGCUGAAAGGACAGCAGGAGGACAAGCAGGACACUGACGUACACUAUCACUCCAUCACUGGGGAGGGAAACUUCAACUGGCGCUUUGUCUAUCCCUUCGAUUACCUAAUGGCUGAGGAGAAGAUCGUCAUCUCAAAGAAGGAGUCCAUGUUUGCCUGGGAUGAGACCGAGUACAAGAUUCCGCCUCGGCUUAACCUACAAGUGUGGGAUGCCGACCAUUUCUCAGCAGAUGAUUUCCUGGGUGCAAUCGAGCUCGACCUGAACCGCUUCCCUCGUGGAGCAAAGACUCCCAAGCAGUGCAGCAUCGAGAUGGUGACCAACGAAGCUGAGAUGCCCAUGGUGUCCAUCUUCAAGCAGAAGAGGAUCAAAGGCUGGUGGCCUUUUGUGGCCCGAAAUGAAGAGGACGAGUUUGAGCUCACGGGCAAAGUGGAAGCUGAGCUGCAUCUUCUGACAGGAGAGGAGGCGGAGAAAAGUCCGGCAGGGGAGGGACGCAACGAGCCAGAGCCGCUGGAGAAACCCAACCGUCCAGAUGUGGCACUGCUCUGGUUUCUCAUCCCCCUCAAAGCAGCAAAGCACCUGGUGUGCGACCAGUACAGGUGGCUGACAAUCAAGAUUGUGACGGCUCUCCUGCUGCUCGCCAUCCUGGGUCUGUUCCUGUACAACAUGCCGGGCUACAUGGUGAAGAAGAUGCUGGGGGCUUGAAGACAAAGUUAGAACAGGGUGUUCUUUUUUUAGGGGGUUGUGAUCGUCUUUUUCAGGAUUAACGUUCUGGGUCCAGAUAUUUUAAAGAUUCUGAUACAAAGAAAAACACACAAAAAAACAGAGGUCAAUAAUAGUUUGAUAGUCCAAUUCUUUAAGGGGACGUAUUUACAAGUUCUGAGCUGCAUGAUCAUAAAUGAAUUCCAAAAGUAUAUCAUAAAUUUUACACUCUCACAUUCAAGUUUUACAAACUUAUCUUCAAUCUAAACUGUAGAUCAAGGGUAAGCCUGUUAUGACUUGUGAAUUCCUCUGAAAUGAGCAUUUCAGUCUUACUAAGUUACUGAUAGAAUCUCUGACAGUCAAAAAAAGAGAAUUGACCAAACCAUGUCUUGGUAGAUCGUCUGUAUGAUAGAGUGUCUGUUUGAUAGAGUGUCUGUAUAAUAGAGUGUCUGUAUGGUAGAGCGUCUGUGUGGUAGAGCGUCUGUGUGGUAGAGCGUCUGUGUGGUAGAGUGUCUGUUUGAUAGAGUGUCUGUAUGGUAGAGCGUCUGUAUGGUAGAGCGUCUGUGUGGUAGAGCGUCUGUGUGGUAGAGCGUCUGUAUAAUAGAGCGUCUGUGUGGUAGAGCGUCUGUGUGGUAGAGCGUCUGUGUGGUAGAGCGUCUGUACGGUAGGGCGUCUGUAUAAUAGAGCGUCUGUGUGAUAGAGCGCCUGUGUAAUAGAGCGUCUGUGUGGUAGAGCGUCUGUGUGGUAGAGUGUCUGUAUGAUAGAGUGUCUGUAUGGUAGAGUGUCUGUAUGGUAGAGCGUCUGUACGGUAGAGCGUCUGUGUGGUAGAGCGCCUGUGUAAUAGAGCGUCUGUUUGGUAGAGCGUCUAUGUAAUAGAGCAUCUGUAUGGUAGAGCGUCUGUACGGUAGAGCGUCUGUGUGGUAGAGCACCUGUGUAAUAGAGCGUCUGUGUGGUAGAGCGCCUGUGUAAUAGAGCGUCUGUUUGGUAGAGCGUCUGUGUAAUAGAGCAUCUGUAUGGUAGAGUGUCUGUACGGUAGAGCGUCUGUGUGGUAGAGCACCUGUGUAAUAGAGCGUCUGUGUAUUAGAGCGUCUGUGUGGUAGAGCGUCUGUGUGGUAGAGCGUCUGUACGGUAGAGCGUCUUGGACAGGAACUCUGUAACCUCUGGUGGUCUGCUACAUUUUAACCCCAACAGUUUAACUAAAGGAAGGCGUCGUAAUAUUCCUGAGUUCCCGUUUACCAAUGUGUACAAAUCUGGAUUGUAUCUGUUGACUGUGUUGUUCUGCUGAAGGUUAGAGUUCAUUGUUCAUGUUGCGUUUUUCUGUCUUAGAAAAUGAACUUUUUGUUGUGGUGUUUCAAGUUUUGUCUAAAAAGAUGUGAGGACUCAUUUCAGAGUUCAGGUUUUUGCUUGCUCCUGGUUUUGUGUUUGAUAUGUGUAAUUUGUGAAUAAAAUUCCUCCCGGACCAUUCAGACUUCAUGUGCAUGUGUGCGUGCAGGAGCAUGCCGCUCAUCCCAGGUUACCAGCAUAAGACAGAUAAGAUAGUCCUUUAUUCGUCCCACGGUGGGGAAAUUUCAGGGUUACGGCAGCAUUGCAAAUACAAAAAUUGGACAAUAUACAUAUUUACAAAGAGAGCAAAGUAAUUAUGCAGAGAUACAAAAUACAAAAAAAAAGAAAA